UUAGCGGUAGUUUCUUAGACUACGAAAAAAUGUUACCACAGGGAAUCAGCGCGGCCCGCGAUAAUUUUUUGAAUUUUUUUUUCUUUCCUAAAAAAUUAAAAAAAAUUUUUUUUCUCAAUUUCCCAGCCUAUACCCAGCAAUAUAUCGACUUCAACCCUUUAAUCGAAAAAAAUUUGGCUAAUGGAGGACAAUUUACAAUUUUGGCAUUUCCUUGCAAUCAAUUCUACCUCCAAGAACCUGCUGAAAAUCAUGAAAUAAUGAAUGGUAUUAAAUACGUCCGUCCAGGAAAUGGUUGGAAACCUCACAAAAAUUUACACAUUUAUGGAAAAUUGGAAGUUAAUGGAGCUAAUCAACACCCUCUAUAUGAAUUUCUUAAAGAUUCGUGUCCUCAAACAGUCACACAAAUUGGAAAACGUGAAGAACUUAUGUAUAACCCAAUCAAGGUUAAUGAUGUUACUUGGAAUUUUGAGAAAUUCUUAAUCGACGCUGAAGGACGCCCGCGCUUUCGAUUCCACCCAACAGCAUGGUCACAUGGACAAGUUGUUCAGAAAUUUAUUGAUCAAUUAGCUAAAGAAAAACACGGUGGUUCUCUAAAGCAGGUUGAAGGGGAAAUUCGCAAGCAGUGA